GAAAGGUUGAUAAAUUUGGUGCACUUCCAGAAAAAAUAAUUGAUGCAUUAAUGAAGUCUUUGUUCUUGGGUGUUCAGCAUAUUGGGGCAUAUGAAUGUGCUGCUUUGCAAAAAUGGGUCUUAGGAUGUUACCAGGACUAUAAUAUG